CGGUGCGUACCCCGGAACCGGACUUCCCGGCGGGAAGACCUGUUGCGGAGCGGCCGGUCCGGCGGGGCUCCGCGCUGCGCCUCCGAGGGGCACUGCCGAAGCCGGCGAAGCGGGGCGGGUGGUGGCCCCGCCGGGAGGGCGCGCACGGGGGGCGGUGAAUUCCCAUCCUCGGCAGAGCCCCGGGGUGCCCUGGCUGCCCCUGCCCCGGAGGCGUGGGUGAGCCGUGCGGCAGCUGCCCAGCCCCAAACAUCGAGUGAAAAGGCCCAUCAGAUACCACUGAAAUACCUGCUUUCUGCCACUUCCCUCGUUUGACUUCAGCUGGCGGGCAGCAUGCCUUCCAUCGAGAACACCUCAAAACUUUUCCUGGUCCUUAUGUCAUUGCUGCUGGUGCUGCCAGUGGUUGAAGCCCUGGACACAGGAGAUACCAUCGCCUUCCUGCUGGGCCUCGCUGUCAGUGUCGUCGGGUUCUGUGCCUGCCUUGGCUUGUAUGCAAGGAAGAGGAAUGGACAACAAUGAUUUAAGAAGAUGCUCAGAUGAAGUUAGUUACCAAACCGUGGAGUUGAGCUCUGGGGUGUAAAACUGAGCUUUGGUUCUGGAUAACUUUCAAAAACCAUGUAGUAGAUAUUUCUGCAAACCCCUCUUACUGUGCAAUACAACAGAACCAAGACUGUAAGCAGAAAAAGGAAUUUGUAGGAUCUGUCUUCAUGGCAGUAAGACAAUUUUGUAUUGCUUGUGGUUAAAUAUUGCCUUAGAGUAGGGUAAGACCUUUUUGAAUGGGGAAAGAAAACCAUAGUGUGGUUCACAGUAAAAGUUUCUAAGUGGAACAUGUGAGGGAGACCAUCAACAAGUUCCACAGUUUUGGUUUCAAGGGUUAAUCAGGAGAAAGCAGCUAUUCCAGUCAGGAUUAUGGAGCUUUCAAAGCAUUCCUAACUAGACAGCUAGUGAGCAGACUGCUUUGACUUGUGUGCAUGUGCUUAUGUUCUUUGAAAUGACAGUUAACUCUUAACGGCUCCCUUCUGCUGUCACAGGGAUGAGACUUCACAGAACUAAGAAAACACGGAAAGCUUUUUUUUUCCUCGGUGUUUUUAUUUUAGAACAUGCCACUCCUGUAGCCUGUGUUCCUGUUACCAAGUAGACACACUUAAGAGUGGGGCCACUAUUUUUCUUUAACAUGUAUUUCACAUGUAAGGCUAUGUCAAUCAGAUUAAGGAUAUAUUUUUUGUCUCCUGUUUAUUUUUUGUACUCAGCUUUCCUUUACACAUCCCAGGCUUGAGGCUUAUUUCAUUUAGCAUUUGUAUUUUUUUUUCCAAAACGUUAUGCUCUCAUGAGGAAUUAUAUGAAAUCUUUCUGUGUUAUAAGGUUAUUAGAAUUUUAACAAGACAGUUGUGCGCGUGUUUCUUCUGCAGGAAGGAAAGAACAUGUUUGUUAAAAUCCUGGAUUUAGUCAGCAGGUCCAUUGUUCUUGAGUGUCUUCCUCAUGACAAACUUAUGUUGCUAGCCAAAUAUUUAGGCUUCUUACCUAACUGAUGCAUGAGUUCCACAGAUUAGAACCGAAAUCAAAGUAAAAAAUCCAGAUGCAAAAUGGGAGAUAUAAAUAGUCUUAAUCUGUGGUAUAUGGUUGAAAGACUAUUCAGUAGCAUAUUCAGGACCUGUUUCUUUCUGUAAGAAAGGUGAAAUGGCACAGCAAGAAUGUCUACCACAAGUCCCUCUGGCUUAUUUGGGUGUUCUAGCUGUCUGCUUGAGACAAGGAGCACAAGCAGCAGAGUAAGGAGCAUAGGAAGGUGAGCUCUCCACAGAAUCUCCUGAUUUUGUACCACUCUUGCUAGAAAUCUUGGCAUUUAUAUUUCAGAGCUGGGAAAAAGAGGUUAAAUGUGAUGCAGAGCUAUGUAUUUUGAUACUGUGCCUCCCCUCCCUCACUAAGUGUCUCUGUUCAGUAGAGCACAAAGCAAUGGGUAGUCAGGCAGGUCUUACAUAAGUAAUUGGGCAGGCAGAUCAUGUUUGCCAAAUUCUAAGAUUUCUGUAUUCUGCACGUCAUUUGUGGCUGGUUUGAUUUCUGUUUCCAGCCACUGAGGAGACAGAAGCCCUGGUUAUUUCAAUCUUGUAAGUCAUGUACCUCUCUCAUGGUUGAUAGAGGGAGGAAAGUAAAACGAAAGCUUCCAAAAAUUGCAUAAGGUUGAAAUUGUAGGACUUAACCCAGCAAACCGCAGAAUGUAGGUUUGUGCUCUCAAGUUACAGAAUAAUAAUGGUCACAGAGUUACUCUGAUGAGAUUUAAGACUUGCCAGGUAGCUUUUCUUGAACCUUUUGUGUGGCUUCCAAAAGUCAGAAAGGGAUGUGGUGCACAAUUACUAUGUACAAAUGAAAUUUACAGCCCUAGGAGGAGCUUCAGACUGUAGUGUCGCCUCUGAAGGCUGCCCAGCAGCAGUAGAUGAUCCUGUAUGUGAUUAUUCAACUGGGUGGAUGGAUGCACACAUCAAGUGUGCACUUCUGUGCUCCAAUUUAGGUAGACCAUUACCCUUUUAAAACAAAUAAAACCUCCAUUGACUUUUGUAUUUCCUAUAUUAAAAUUCAAGUAGUUUAUCAGUUUCUCAGUAGAGUAUUAAAUACUGCUCUUUCAAUACAAGCAGCUUUUCACAGGCUCUUUCAUCUUCACUUUGGAAAAGAUCCAUGGCAAUAAUUUCACAGAAUUGUGCAACAGUUUCGCUGCAGGAGAACCCAACUUUACAGUGGAAUUAGCACCAGGGUGAUGGGGGUAUGUGGAGCUCUGUUCUUGGCCUGAAGCUCCAAAGAUGUUUGCGCAGGCUAAUGGCUUUGUUUCCUGGUUCUGACAACUUUAUUGUUAAAAGACUUGCAUUUGUUGAUGAUUUGAGUGCAAAAUCAGAUACCUCUGCUUUUCUUCUGUCCUAAUAAACUUUCAUGUAUGAUUUGC